UAGGUGAAUUCAGAUAUGGAAGUCACCAGGGAAAAUUCAUGAAAGAGGCUGCAUUUUAGCUCUUAGUAAUGCCUAUGUUUCUUUUCUUUGCAGAACAAAGAGUAGAAGAUGUCCGACUUAUCCGAGAGCAGCACCCUACCAAAAUCCCGGUGAUAAUAGAACGAUACAAGGGUGAGAAGCAGCUUCCUGUCCUGGAUAAAACGAAGUUCCUGGUGCCUGAUCAUGUCAAUAUGAGUGAGCUCAUCAAGAUAAUUAGAAGGCGCUUACAGCUCAACGCUAACCAAGCCUUCUUCCUGUUAGUGAACGGACACAGCAUGGUGAGUGUGUCCACACCAAUUUGUGAAGUGUACGAAAGCGAGAAGGACGAAGAUGGGUUCCUGUAUAUGGUGUAUGCCUCUCAGGAGACUUUCGGAGUGAAAUUGUCUGUGUAAGACUAGAAAAAUGCGUCUGUUCUAAAAUCUUUUUAAACCCUUACCAAGGAAUGAAAAAGGGAUGUUACCAGCUGAGGUCAGGCCAUCUAAUCAGAUCAUCAGAACAGCAGUGCUCCUGCCUAGGAGUUUUAGGGAGUUUUUUUUGUAUUUCAAGCAGAAAAACAGCUCCAAGUGAGCACACUCAGCUUUGGAAAACUUUAUUAUUUAACCUAGGCUGUCUUGUUUUCAAAUUCAGAAGUUUAAAAAUAAAAUACUUUGCAUUCUAAGUUGCCAGUAAGAUAGACCGUCAAGUUAUUUUAAUGCUCUUUCCCCAAAAGGAACUUGCAUUUUGAGCAUUCAGAGAGACAUUGUCUUCUCUCUACGUUCACAGAACCUGCCAGCUUUUUGUAGGACUUCUACUCAGCUGAGAAAUCUCCGUAAGAGGAUCUUUAAGCAUAAGUUGUCAGGCAUAGCCAAAUCCCCCCACCCCUCAAAAACCCCUACAUUUGCCGUAAUAGUUGGCAGAAAGCGGGGGGGGGGGGUGAGAAAACUGAGCUGCUGUUGAUGGUUCCUGAUCGCUAAUGAGUGUAUUCCACGUCCACGCUUAACAUUAUAAUGUUCACAUUUGGUUUGUUCUCUAGACGGUAACACAGAAAAACACUGCUUAACAGGAACUCUGAAUAUAAUUUUGGUUAAGUUUCUUAAAAGGCCUGGAGAAAAAGAAUGACAUUUCUUCUGCUUUGAAUAAUAAUGUGUAUGAGCCCAAACCGGUGCCUGCUUUGGUGAACAGCUAGGUCACUUUCUUCUUUAGGACAGAGGUAGAAAACUACAGAAUACUGAGACUAAAAGCAUUAGAAUUCAGAUGCGCUUCCUCUGCCUUUUGGCUUAAAAGCUGUAGUUGAUCCAUGUUUUAUGUUAAGUAUGUGACUAAAAUGUUACCAUAUUUUUAAUUUAAUUAAGAGUAUUUCAGUUGUCACUGUUAGGUCGGCAGCCGUCAGAAAUCCCCCCUCUACAUGCAUGUCCGUCUUGAAAACAGCAAAAGGAGGACUAUGCUCUUCACGAAUAUUAACGUCAAGUUCCAUUUUCCAAGGCCAACUAGAAUAAAUAACCAACGCUUCCUACUACCUGCAUGGGAUUCACUCUCCACGUGGGACUUAGCACAGAAAGGCCUGUGACCACUUAGACUACUUGUAGCAGGUCACCAUUUACCCUUGUGUAUUUAGGUGUGUGUGGAUCGCCUGUAUCUGUUAGUGGAAGUUAUUCCCUCUAAUGGAGGAAGCAGCAGUAUCACUGCGUAUGGGCCCUUGACCCCAGCAGCUCCUCCUCCCAUUGCAUGCAUCUGUCCACAUGGCUAACUCUUAAUAUGUAUAUUUUUACAUUAUGUAAAUUCUUAAUCAGCCUGUCUUGUUUAGAUUGUAUACAUCAUUAUAUCUGACAUUCUUGUAACUACUGCGUGAUCAAUAAGAUUCCUUAAAGAAAUUCUGCUUUUUAAAGAAAAAUACCAUGCUAAGAGGGGUGAUUUGUACCCCAGAUUAGUGGGUGGUCACUCGAUUUAUAGGAUCUUUAAAACAAGUACAUUUUUAAUGAACUAAGGUGAAUAAAGGCACAACUAAAAACUGUCA